CACCUCGCAGGCGCGUCAUUGCUCGAGCCGACAAGGAAACCUUCCAACAAACUAGGGGCAAGUGAACCCAGCUGGCCGGAUGACGCAACGCGACCGGAAAUGCGCAAACAAAAGAGGCAACUCGCCAGUCCAUCGUCGCCAGAAAGAUAAUUAGGCACCGACCGAGAUGGCCAGCGAAGGCCAGCAGCCAGACGCGACGCCGGCCAGCCGGCGGGCCUCGAGCGCCGAGCCGCUCGCCUCGAUCAACCGACGGCCCAUCCUUCGCACGCCAGGCAGCCACGCGCGCGGCCUGCCGCCGCGCCCGCAGGGCCUGUCAGCGUCAGGCAGGAAGGCGGCGCCGCCGACGGCGACACCGCACGCGCGCGCCGCCUUCAGGGCCAUCGACUCGCGCCGCGCCGCCAUCUUCACGCCGCACCGCGCCCGCCGGAAGAGCCUGCGCGAGGUGCGCGACUCGCCGCGCGACUUUUUGCUCUCGCUCGGCCGGGUGCUGGCGCGCACGACGCAGGUGAUCACGACGUCGUCGUCUUCGUCGUCGUCGCCCGGGGACGGCGGCGGCAAGGAUCGGAGGGAAUCGGACGGCGCGGGCAACGAGACGACGCUGGGCGGGAUCAGCGUGGUCGAUGACGAGGACGAUGACGAGGAGCUCCCGAAGCGUCCGCGGCUCUCGCUCCCUAUUGACGAGGAGGACGACGACGACGACAGCGACGAUCUCCAGCCCCAUCGGUCGGUGCUGAUUGACGAUGAGAACUUCACCAUGCAGUCGAUUGAGAUGCCGCGGCGGGCCAUCAGCGAGCAGCCUGGCGGCCGGCUCUCGCUGGGCAGUACGCGCAUGAGUGACUAUUUCAACGUGAACGACAUGCUGCACAGUGAGGAUGUGGGCAUCGACUCGGGCUUCUUCCCGCCCACCGCGGUUUUGGACGAGGGAAACCUUACCGUGGGCCCGGAAGAGCUGCCGUCGCCCGAACGACUCGAUUCGGAGGCUGACCGCCGUGACUUCGGCCGUGAGAGCGAUUUGGGGAUCGAGGUGCCCGUCGGUGAUGUUAACGACAGCACUUUCGUCAUCGCGCCCCAGGUUCAGGAGUCUCCGGACCGUCCGCUCUUCGCGGAUGGCGAGCCGGGUCUUGAUAACUAUGCCCCCCUCGUCGACCAACGGAGUGAUGAUUACGACGACGAGGAGCUGCUGGGGGAGGUGCCGCCGUUGGAGGAGGAGCAGAUGGAAGACCCAAGCUUGAGGCCCCGUGACGAGACGGAGAUUGAGUCCGUAGCCGUUCAGAGGGCCGAAGUGCGUGACGGUUCGAAGAAGAAGAGCAUCAAGGUGUCAAAGUACGGCAUCGAGUACCCUUCUCUUCCGCCAGCCGUUGUCAAGCGGCUCGCGCAGAACUUCGCCAAAGCCAAUGGAGCAAAGGGCCAAAUCACUCCCGAUGCGAUGAAGGCCAUCAUGCAGGCUUCAGACUGGUUCUUCGAGCAGCUGGGCGAAGACCUGCAGGCAUAUGCGAAGCACGCCGGGCGCAAGACUAUCGACGAGAGCGACGUGCUCACCCUGAUGAGGAGGCAACGGCAGAUCAACCCGAAUAUCACACCAUUUGCGCUCGCGCAACGCCACCUGCCGAGGGAGUUGCUGCAAGAACUGCGAAUGACGCCGCCCGCCGUCCCAAAGAAACGAUCCAGGGCGAAGGGCGCGGCGGAUGACGAAGACGUCACCUGAACAGGAGAGGUUGGCCUGGUUGAGUAUCGUUACCAAUUCUUAGUCAUGCGAACGCGCCGAGCGGCGUCAGAUGGCGGCUUGCGGACGAUCAUGUAGAACAUUAUCGUGGUGGCAACGGCAAGGCCAUACCUGCAGCAGUUAGCAGGCGAGCGACGAGCAGGUUAAGUUUCAAGGGGCGGAACAUAUGGCUGUG